CCCAGAGGAGAAGAGAACUGCGGCGCGCACCUGGAAACAUGGCGGACCAAAACAAGACAGGCGCAGACGGAACGUUUUUUAGUGAGAUUUUAAGUCCGUCUGAGCUGUUUGCAGCCCGGUCCAGGAGUCACAAGAUCCCAGUGAGAGGACAGAAGGAUUUCUUCCCCAGCGACUCAGACGAGCAAAGACGGCGGCUUGAGCGAAGUCUGGACGAGCACUGGAGUCUGGUCGCAGAGGAGAGGGUGGAGAGGCUAGGAAACCUGGUGAAGGCCAAAUGGAUUCCAACCGAGCAGAUUGUGGAGCUUCGGUCUCCGGCUGGAAAGUUUUGGCAGACGAUGGGCUUUUCUGCCAACGGCAAGCAGUAUCUCCUCCCUGAAGAAGCUCUGUACCUGAUGGAGUGUGGCAGCCUGCAGGUGUUUCACCGCGACCUGCCGCUGUCCAUCCAGGACGCCUACGAGAACUUCCUGUCCUCGAGCACAGUGAGCCUUCAGCAGUAUCAGGUGUUCGGGCAUUUGAAGAGGCUUGGCUACGUGGUGCACAGAUAUGAUCCCAGGUCAGACGGAGUCAGAAAAGAUAACAGGAAUUCAGAGCCUUCGUCCUACGCGAGGCAGCUGAACCUGCCUCAGUCACAUGACCGAGCGGGCAGACAGCUGAAGAGGAAGCGAAGCGCCAGCCCCGCCACAGCAUCCAGUCAAACAGAAGAUCCGGAAGUGUCCACAGCUGACCGAAUGGAGGAGGAUGAGGAGGAUAAAAACCAUCCCGAGUCCCACCUGGCGUCGUCUCCAGCUGCGAGUUCAGGAGAUGAGGGCGGCGGCAGGACCUGGUGGAGGACAGACGUUCCCGGGGUCGGACCGGAUCACCGGCCCGCCUCCAGCUGUUCGGGCUGGCGCUUCGGCUCCAUCCCUUUCCCUGACCUGGGCUCCAGGGACAGCCUGUCCAGCUGCCUGCUCCCUCCAGACCCCUCCCUGCUGCCGGGGUCUCUGGCUGUGGGAGUCUGUGACGUCGACACCUGGAAGCAGAGGAUAAACCUGCGGAAGGUGAAGAUGUCUUCAAAGGAGCAGAGGAGGGAGGAGGACGAGAACAGGCGCCGGCGGGACAUCAACAGGGACAGAGAGGUUCGGCAGUGCAGAAACUGGGCCGAGUAUCGGGAGCUCCUGGCGAGGCGGGAGGGGAAACGUAAAGGCCGUCCAGCACACCUGUGGAACAGGGAAGUGACUCCUUUGCAUGACCCGAGACAAGCGAUCCCCACCGAGGAGCUGUUGGAUAAAAUCAGCGUGAUUAAAUCCACAAAUCUGCUGGAGGGGGCAUCCAGCAUAAAAGGAUCGGACGAGUGGAGGAUUUGUUUCAAUGUUUACCAGCCCGACACGGUGGCUGACUUCAAGAAGAGCAGCCCGGGGAAACCUUACUCCCGCAUGUGUGUGUGCAGCUUCGACGGCCCCGUCCCAGACCUGCGAGCUGUCAAGCUGCUGGCCUUCCAGAGCGGAGACGUCCCGGUGGUCUUUGCUGCGGUGGACCACGGAGACGUCUCCUUCUACACCUUCAGAGACUUCCGGCUGCCCACCGACGUGCACCCCUGAGAGCCUCGCUGUGCCAGCACAGCACUUUUAAACCAAUCUGCACCUGUUGGCUUCACUGGACUUAACAAAAAUAAAGAAAAUAUGACAAUUCCUGAUGUUUACAGGUGGAAAAAAGGUU